GUUAAAUAAAAAUUAAAACAAAAGCACAUGACAAAUAUGUAAUUUAUAAAAAUAUUUAAAAAAGGAAAGGGAGACUAUUUAAAAGUUGAGACAUUGUUUAGAAACGUAUCUUUUUUAAAUGAUUUGUUACGAUUUAAACAAUAUUGUAAUAAAAGAACAGUAUUACAUUUCUAAUAAUUAACAUAAGCUAAUCUGAACAAAAAAAUUUUAUAAAUAGAGUUUUUUCAGUUCACUCAGAUUAGGUUAUAUUACUGUGUACUUACUGCUAUUCGUAACGGAAUUAGUACAAUGUGUCAAACUGACACAUAUCGUAUCUUUGUAUUUAUUUAAUCUUAUAUAAAUAUAUAUAUGUAUAUAUAUCAAUAAAUAUGGAUUACAUACAUUUUCAAUCAGAUUCACGUGGAACUCCAUCCACAGAAACAUGUAUUCCAAUCCCAAGACAUAAUAUGACAAUAAUAACUGAUAUUUAUGCAGGAAUUCCUGAAAAUUUAUUGCUGAAUUUUUUUGGAUUUUUGUUUCUAGUUAUCUUGUUUGGUUUAUUACGUAAAAAAGCAUGGAACUAUGGACGUCUUGCAUUAUUGAAUAAAACAGAUGAACGAUGGAUGGAAUUAUUUUAUGGAAAUAAUGAAGGUAAAGAUACAGAUGCACUGUGCGUAGAAACUUCUGUUAAUUCCCAACUUUCACAAGUUGAUAGAGGUUUCUUAUUAUGGAUUGUUACUGCAUUCAAAGUUACAGAUGACGAGCUAUUAAAACGGGCAGGUCCAGAUGGCUUAUUAUAUAUAUCAUUUGAACGUCAUUUGAUCAUUUUAACAUGUUUAAUGGUCAUUGUAUCAUUAUGCAUUGCUUUACCAAUUAACUUUCAUGGUAAUAUGCAAGGUGAUAAUGCAACAUUUGGUCAUACAACAUUAUCAAAUUUAGACCCAAUGUCUAUGUGGAUUUGGGUGCAUACGAUUUUAAUUUUAUCCUAUUUACCAAUUGGUGCAUACAUCAUGAGACAUUUUUUAAAAAAGGUACGAGAAUCUAAGCAUGGAGGUGAAUUGGCAGCUAGGACAUUGUUAAUUACAGAAAUACCAAAACAACAAUGCGAUGUACAAAGUCUUAUUGACUAUUUCAAACAAGUAUUUCCAACAUUAACAGUAGAAGAUAUUACAUUGGCUUACGAUAUCAGACGGCUUUUGGCAUUAAACGAAGAAAAAGAUUGUGCUGAACAGGCGCGUUUAUAUUGCGAAAACGCAAAAAAAAAAGAACCAUUGCAAAUGUAUCCAUAUCCUUGUGGUCAAGUGAUAAGUUGCUGUUGUAAAAAUCAAAUUGAUGCUCAAGAAUUUUAUACAAAUGAAGAAAUACGAUUAACUGCAUUAGUUGAAGAAGAGAAAAAAAUGAUACUAAAUAAACCUCUUGGAGUAGCUUUUGUAACUUUAGGUACACCUAGUGCAGCUAAGAUGGUGCGGAAGUACUUGUCUUCUUUGCCUACUAUAAAAUGGGUUGUGGAUUAUGCACCUACACCUUCUGAUAUCUUUUGGGAAAAUUUAAGUAUACCAAGACCAUGUUGGUAUCUGAACGCUGUUUUAAUAAAUUUUGCACUGGGCAUUGUACUAUUUUUUCUUACUACACCGGCUGUAAUAGUAUCUGCUUUAAAUAAAUUACCAAUCACAGGGGAGAUUAAGAAUCUUAGUCCAGUAGUUUCAUCUUUUCUUCCAAGUGUAUUGUUAGUUAGCGUGGCUGCUUUAAUGCCAGUAUUAGUAGCAAGGAGUGAAUCAUUAGUUAGACAUUGGACCAGAAGCAGCCUAAAUCGAGCAGUAAUGACGAAAACAUUACUUCUUUUAUUAUUAAUGGUUCUUAUAUUACCUAGCUUAGGUCUAACUAGUGCACAAGCAUUUUUAGAGUGGACAGUAAAUGCAGCAAAUGACACAGGAAGAUGGGAUUGCGUGUUCUUACCUGAUCAGGGUGCUUUCUUCGUAAAUUACGUAAUUACUGCAGCUUUAUUCGGAAGUGGAUUAGAGUUAGUCAGAUUUCCCGAAUUAGCUUUAUAUACCUUCAGAUUGUGUGUAGCACGUAGCAAGGCAGAAAAAGUAUAUGUUAGAAAGGCAGUAUUAUGGGAAUUUCCUCUAGGUGCUCAUUAUGCCUGGUUACUUUUAGUCUUUACCAUGAUGACAGUGUACAGUUUGGCCUGUCCGUUAAUUACUCCCUUUGGGCUAUUAUAUCUCGUAGUGAAACAUUUGGUGGACAGACAUAAUUUAUGUUUUGCUUAUGGACCAAGCAUUGGAGGUGGUCAAUUAGCAGGCGCAGCAGCAAGUGCUACCGGAGCUGCACCAAUUUUGGCACAAGCUGCACUAUUAGCUCUAGGUUUAGUAAGGAGAGGAUUAUCACCUUUAGCUGCGGUACAACUUAGUGGUCUCGCUGCGAGUAUCUUAGGUCUUGUUACUGGUGCUACUUUGUUCACAUCAAAAUUUAAAGCACAAAUGCAGAAAAGAGAUCUAUCAGUUGGUCAGACUUUUAUUGCGCCCGUAUUGCGAAAAAAACAAACGUCAUUAGAAGAAACUAUAUCCACCAGUUCAAAUUCUGACUGCAGUCCAUCAAGCUUAAGAAGCACUAGCAUUUCUUCAAUACAAGAUAGUCCGAAACUUUAUCAAAAUUAUGGUAAAGAAUCACAAGCUUGAUAGCUUUUAAAUUACAAUAUUUUAUUUAAUUACUACAUUACUAUAUUAUAAAUUACGUAUUAAUUACUAUAAACUAUGUAUUAAAACAAUUCAAUGAAAGUAUAUUUAAACGCUAAUUCAUUAUUGAAAUAUCAUGUUAUUCUAUUAUUGCGGUAAAUAUGAAAAUAAUAUUUUUUUUGCAAAUAAAAUCGAAUUUAUUUAAAAAAAAAAUUUUAAAAAAUCCUGUAAGUUAUAUAUAAAUGUAAUUUUUCAUUUUAAAAACAUUGAUAUCAGAUUAUUUCCUAUUUGAUCAUUUCAUUUGUAUAAAAUAAAUACAAAAUAAUAAAUGUUAAUUGUACUAUUAGUAUACUAUAGUAAUACAAAAAAUAACAAUAAUAGUCUGUAAUAUUUUUUUUUUGUUUUUCCUCUAAAAUAUUUUUGAACAGCACAUUCUUUAUAAAUAAUUGUUAAUUUGUUAAUAACAUCUAAUGUUUAAUUUUAAACAUUGUUACUAUUACUAUAAUCUAUUAAAAGUCAUGGAUAUUAUAUUCACAGAAAGAUUUUUUUUUUGUUUCUUUUGUUUUAUAUGAGUUAUCAUUAAUUAUAUACUAUUUAAUAAAAUUUAAAUGUACAUUGUGGAUGUAAUACAUGUUACUUGAAGAAUAAUCGAAAAUUAUAAAUUUGAUUCGUAGAACAAAAAAUUUAUAUUUUUAAAAUUUCUAAUAUGACGCUUAUUUAAUGUACUAUAUAUAUUAUGUUCAAAGAUUGAAAAGACUUCAAAUAAAAAUAUUAAAUAAAGGAAAAAAACAAGUAGAAACGUUGUAAGGAACAGCCUCAAACUUUGCGUUUUGGCUUUAAAAAGUUUUAAAGUUAUUUUAAACAUAUAUAAAGUAAAAGCGUAAACUAAGAGGAGUUUUACUAUCCUAUUCUAUUAUUCUAUUCUAUAAAAAAAUUUAGCCCAACCCAAAUUUACUCCUGGUUAAAUCAAAAUUAGAUUUAGGUUAUUUGAAAAUCAUAUUUUGAUCAUUAAAUAAAUUUUAGUUAAUGAUUAA